GGCGCGGCGAGCUUUGCGUAGGCGAUGCCGCAGCAGGUCCUCGCGCAAGCCAGCAGCAACAGCUCGCCGCCGGCGUCGCCCCAGCCGCCGCGUCCCAGGCAGCAGGCGCCGAGGAAGCAGGAGAGGGACCUGCAGCACAGGGAGGCGCCGGCGCCGCCAGCCAUGGCCGCCGCCGACGAGCACCAGGACCUCACCAGAGCCUUCGCAGGCAUGGGCGGGCUGGGCGUGGACGAGGCGGCGCUGGUGGCCGCGCUGGGGCGGUGGCGGCGGCAGCCGGAGCGCCGGGCGCAGUUCCGCCGCGGCUUCCCGGGCUUCUUCUCCGCGAGCGCCGGCGCCGGGAUCGAGCGGUGCGAGGACGAGUACCUGCGCCACCUCGAGGACGAGUUCGCGCGCUUCCGGGACGCCGCGGUGCUGUGGGCGCUGCACCCGUGGGAGCGCGACGCGCGGUGGGCGCACUACGCCCUGCACGGGGCGGCGCACCCGCGGGGGGUCCUCGUCGAGGUCGCCUGCACCCGCGCCGCCGACGACCUGCUCGGCGCCCGCCGCGCGUACCAGGCGCUCCACCACCGCUCGCUCGAGGAGGACGUCGCCUACCAAGUCAAGGACGCCACUGCCGGCCUGCUGGUUGGGCUGGUGACCGCGUACCGGUACGAGGGCGCGCGCGUGAGCGAGGAGCUGGCCGCGGAGGAGGCCAAGGCGCUGGCGGCCGCCGUCAAGGCCGCGCCGGCGACGGCUUCGGCGGCAAGGCUGGUGCAGAACGAGCAGGUCGUGAGGAUUCUCGCCACCAGGAGCAAGCCCCAGCUCAGGGCCACCUUCAAGAUCUACAAGGAGCUCCACGGCAAACCACUAGAAGAGGAUUUCGCCGGCGAACCGUGCCUGCAAGAGGCCGUCAGGUGCCUGGACUCGCCGCCCAAGUACUUCGCCGAGGUGAUCGGCAGGGCGUUCCGGGAGGACGCGGACAAGCAUGCCAAGGCGACGCUCACCCGCGCCGUGGUGUCCCGCGCCGACGCGGACAUGGAGGAGAUCAAGGACGCCUACGCCAAGCAGCACGGGGCCAAGCUCGCCGACGCGGUGGCCAAGAACACCAACGGCCACUACAAGGACGCGCUGCUCGCCAUGAUCGGCAAGUGAUGGACACCAAGGGUGCUGUGGCCGCUAGCGCCACGCGUGAAUAAGAGAUGUUCUUUUGAUGAAACAGUUGAAUAAGUUUCUACACAUCUUUUUCCUAAAAAGAAAACAGUUUGUACUCAUGCAUCUUCUUUGUUUCGGCUGAAUGGAAAAAAGAACAGCAUGCAGCUUGUCCA